GGUGGGGGGGCUCAGGUGAAACUGGUCUGAAUGUGGCCCCUGAAUCAGAGAGGAACCCUCAAACCGAACCUCCUCCUCUUCACUUCCACCUGCCCUCAUGGCUAAUAACGCCUCUGAUCCAUCCGACCAAUCAGAGACCAGCUCUGACGUCAGAGGCCGAGCUGUCCAAUCAGGGGCGUCCUGGUCCACGUCUCCUUUCUGGGUAAAAACUUCUCUCCAGGUGAAUUCCUGCAUCGGACCAAACGGACCGAACCAGCGAGGAUGAGGCCGAGGCCGCUGCGCCUGUGACGGGCAGACUGAGCCGUGGAGCCCCGUGGAUGAAGAGGGAUGGAGCCCCGGACCCGUGGAACCUGGAGCCGUGGAACCCGGACUGGUGGAACCUGGAGCCGUGGAACCCGGCUCUUGUGCACCCUGACCCUGCUGCUGGUGUCCGUGUGUCCGCUGUGCUGCAGAGGAAACUGGAUGUGGCUGGGGGUGACCUCGGCGGGGGUCCCAGAGAAGCUGGUCUGCUCCAGCCUCCCUCUGAGCCCCAGGCAGCUGGACCUGUGCCUCAGGAAACCACUGAUCUGGUCCAGCGUGGCGGACGGAGCUCGGAUCGCGGUUUCCGAAUGUCGGAGUCAGUUCAGACACGAACGGUGGAACUGCUCCACCACCGAGGACCCGCCGGGGUUCGGCCCCGAGCUGACCAGCGGAACCAAGGAAACGGCGUUUAUCUACGCUGUGAUGGCGGCGGGACUCGUCCACGCCGUGACGCGCUCCUGCAGCCAGGGCAACAUGAGCGAGUGUGGCUGCGACGCCCGGCUGAAGGGCGGGGCCCCGGUGGCUGGGGGCGGGGCCCCGGGGGCUGGGGGCGGGACCCCGGGGAUGGGAGGCUGGCACUGGGGCGGCUGCUCCGACCACAUCCAGUACGGGAUCUGGUUCAGCCGCACCUUCAUGGGCAACACUCUGAGAAACGAGUCCAGCAGCCGAGGAGGGUUCACGCUGAGCACCAUGAACGGGCACAACAGCGAAGCUGGACGCCAGGCGAUCGCCAGGACGAUGUCCAUUGAUUGCCGCUGUCAUGGCGUCUCUGGUUCCUGUGCGGUGAAGACGUGCUGGAGGACGAUGGCGCCGUUCGGCCGAGUCGGUUCGUACUUGAAGGAACGAUACGAACGCAGCGUUCAGGUGUCACACCGGUCCAGGAGGAAACUCCGGAGGAAAGACCGCCUCCACGUCGACAAACAUCAACUCAUCUACUUCAACAAGUCUCCAAACUACUGUGUGGAGGACCGGCGGAGGGGCGUGGCCGGCACCAGGGGGCGCCGCUGCAACCGGACGUCCACCGGGCCGGACGGCUGCAACCUGCUCUGCUGUGGGAGGGGCUACAACACUCACGUGGUCAGAAACGUCCAGCGAUGCGAGUGCAAGUUCGUCUGGUGCUGCUACGUCCGCUGCAGGCGCUGCGAGAGCAUGAGCGACAUGCACACCUGCAAAUAACAUCACACCUGGACACAAUAUAACAACACACCUGCAAAUAACAACACACCUGGACACAAUAUAACAACACACCUGCAAAUAACAUCACACCUGGACACAAUAUAACAACACACCUGCAAAUAACAACACACCUGGACACAAUAUAACAACACACCUGCAAAUAACAACACAUCUGCAAAUAACAACACACCAGGAACUAAAAGGAGGGCUGGUUCUGGUUCUGGUUCUGGUUCUGGUUCAGUGACAGCUGAGAGGUUUGUUUAUUUAUAUUAAAAUUAACAUGAAAACUACACAAAUAAUUUCCUCUGUUUUAAUUAAAGACAUAUUUAAUAAUAACAAUAUAUUUCAAGAAUCUCAACCUGAGUUCUUUAGGUUCUAGUUAGGGUUCCUAAGGUUCUGGUCUAGUCUGUUCUCCUCUCUGCUGUCUCAGGGUUUUUCUCAUCCGUGAUGACAGAGCAAAAAGUUUCAGCUUCUUUUUUACGCUCCAGGAUUUCCUGCUAUUCUAAACCUGAACGGGGUCUCAGGGGACUCAGAGUGGACUCAGAGUGGACUCAGAGUGGACUCAGAGUGGACUAAAAGUGGACUCAGAGUCAACAAGAUGAUGAUCUGAGUCCUGGAGAACGUUAAAUCUCUGAAGGUGAAUCUGAUCAUUUAUCUGGAGUUUGAUUUUAGAAACGAGUUGGAAAAACACGUCCUGGAUCCAGAGAUCACAACUGUGUUUUACAUACAGCCCAUGAACUAACCACACAGCCCAUGAACUAACCGAGAUGUGAAUAUUUGUGUAUUUGUGUGUUGUGUAUUGACAGCUGUUUCAUUUUGAAUGUGUGUCAGUAAAUGUGAUGCUGUAACAACGAGGGGUCGAAAUGAAUCCUCAUUUAUUUAUAACUUCAUCAUCGUGUGGUCGGUGUCUUAUAGACCGAGAGUAAAGCAGAGGAAGUUUUUAGACUAAAAGGCAGAAACAUAUAAAGCUUGUGUACUCAUGUAUUUGUGUGUUUGUUUGUUCUCAUAAAUGACGUCCACACUGAAGACGCUGGACCUGUGAGUGGGUUUUGUGAUAAUAACGAUUAGAUCUGAGUCAACUCAGGUUUUAUUUCAGGACA